AGGCGGAGCGGGCGGCGGCGCCAGCAGCGCUGCUGCCGCCGCCACCAUGGAGACCCCGGGCUAGGGCCCGCCGCGGCUGAGGGGGCGGCCGCGCCCGCCGCCGCCCGCGGCGAAAUGCCAGCCCCUGAGCAGACCCCAAUGGUGGAAGAAGGGCUGCAGACAACGCAGGAAACUGCCACCAGCCCAGGAAUGGAACCGGAGGCCACUGCCACUACCAUUUUAGCUUCUGUAAAGGAACAGGAACUCCAAUUUCAAAGACUUACCAGAGAACUGGAAGUGGAAAGGCAAAUUGUGGCUAAUCAGCUAGAAAGAUGUAGGCUUGGAGCAGAAUCACCAAGUAUCGCCAGCACAAGCUCUACUGAGAAGUCAUUUCCUUGGAGAUCACCAGAUCCAGCAGCCACCAGUGCAAACAAACCCCUCGUAUCAGAGGGAGUUCAUACCAAUGCCUAUCACAUUAGGACAGAGCCAAUACAAGGGAACCUCUACUCACCGGAACAGACAUCUCUCCAUGAAAGUGAGGGGUCUGUAGGUAACUCAAGAAGUUCAACACAAAUGAAUUCUUAUUCUGAUAGUGGUUACCAAGAAGUAAGCAGCUUUCAUAACAGCCAAAACUUGAACAAACCAGAAAACAGACAGCAGCAUUCCCUUGUUGGAACUGCUACUAACCACUUGGUGAGAAGCUCACGAGCUGAAGGGCAGACUCUAGUCCAGCCUUCAGCAAACGUCGCUACCAACCGAGCCAUGAGACGCGUCAGUUCAGUCCCGUCCAGAGCACAGUCUCCCUCUUACGUGGUCAGCACAGGUGUCUCCCCUUCCAGGGGGUCUCUGCGAACAUCUCUGGGUAGUGGGUAUGGCUCUCCAUCAGUUGCUGAGCAAAGAUCCCUCGCUUCUCAUGCGUAUUCAUCCACUACUCUGCCAGUACAGCGGGCGGCAUCCCCGUAUGCUGCACAGAGACCUGCUUCCCCAGUGACUGUGCGGCGGAUUGGCUCGAUCACAUCCAGACAGACAGCAAAUCCCAACGGUGGGACUUCCCAGUACCAAGCAUCAGCUAGAGUUGGCUCUCCACUUGCCCUCGCUGAUGUACAAACCAGAGUUGCUUCUCCACCCCAAACGCAGCUGGGAUCAUCUUCCCCAAAGCGUUCUGGUAUGACUGCAGUUCCGCAGCAUUUGGGAACAACACUGCAGAGAGCAGUCCAUGAUAUUGAACAGUACGGACAGCAGUACGACAUAUAUGAGAGAAUGGUUCCUCCACGUCCAGAUAGCCUUACAGGCCUGAGGAGUUCGUAUGCUAGUCAACACAGUCAACUAGGACAGGAAUUACGAUCAGCUGUAUCUCCUGACUUGCACAUCACCCCUAUCUAUGAAGGCAGAACUUACUACAGUCCCGUGUACCGCAGUCCAAAUCAUGGAACAAUUGAGCUCCACCAAGGAUCCCAGUCAGCACUGUAUCGAACAGGGUCAGGAGUUGGAAAUCUGCAAAGAUCAUCCAGUCAGCGUAGCACACUCACAUACCAAAGAAAUAAUUAUGCUCUGAACACAACUGCUACCUAUGCGGAACCCUACAGGUCAAUGCAGUACCGACUGUCAGAGUCUGGCUAUAACAGGCUGCAGCACGCAGCGCCCGCCGACGAUGGGACCACACGAUCUCCAUCCAUAGAUAGCAUUCAAAAAGACCCCAGGCAAUUUGCUUGGAGAGAUCCAGAACUGCCUGAAGUCAUUCACAUGCUCCAACACCAGUUCCCAUCGGUCCAGGCGAACGCAGCCGCCUACCUUCAGCAUUUGUGCUUCGGAGACAACAAAGUGAAAACAGAGGUGUGCCGGCUGGGAGGGAUCAAACACCUGGUGGAUCUCCUGGAUCACAGAGUCCCCGAGGUUCAGAAAAAUGCAUGUGGUGCACUGAGAAACCUUGUGUAUGGAAAGUCUACAGAUGAAAACAAAAUAGCAAUGAAGAACGUUGGUGGGAUCCCUGCACUUCUACGAUUGUUAAGAAAAUCUGUUGAUGCAGAAAUAAAAGAGCUCGUAACAGGGGUGCUCUGGAACUUGUCUUCAUGUGAUGCGGUGAAGAUGACAAUCAUUAGAGACGCUUUGUCAACGCUGACAAACACUGUGAUAGUGCCACACUCCGGGUGGAACAGUGCCUCCUUUGAUGAUGAUCAUAAAAUUAAAUUUCAGACUUCCCUGGUUCUGCGCAACACGACGGGAUGCCUGAGGAAUCUGAGCUCUGCAGGGGAAGAAGCCCGGAAGCAGAUGAGGUCCUGCGAAGGGCUGGUUGAUUCACUGCUCUACGUGAUCCACACCUGUGUGAACACAUCGGAUUAUGACAGCAAGACAGUGGAGAACUGCGUGUGCACCCUGAGAAACCUUUCCUACCGCUUGGAGCUGGAGGUGCCUCAGGCACGUCUGCUGGGCAUCAAUGAACUGGACGACUUGUUGGGAAAGGAGUCACCAAGCAAAGACUCCGAGCCAAGCUGCUGGGGGAAAAAAAAGAAGAAGAAAAAAAAAACUUCACAGGAGGACCAGUGGGAUGGAGUUGGCCCUAUACCCGGAUUUUCCAAGUCUCCUAAGGGGGUAGAAAUGCUGUGGCACCCAUCGGUGGUAAAGCCGUACCUAACGCUUCUAGCAGAAAGCUCCAAUCCAGCCACUCUCGAGGGCUCUGCAGGAUCUCUCCAGAAUCUUUCUGCUGGCAACUGGAAGUUUGCAGCAUACAUUCGAGCUGCUGUAAGGAAAGAAAAAGGACUGCCCAUCCUUGUGGAACUCCUGAGGAUGGACAACGAUCGAGUCGUUUCAUCUGUGGCAACCGCCUUAAGGAACAUGGCGUUAGAUGUUCGGAAUAAGGAGCUUAUUGGCAAAUAUGCUAUGCGAGAUCUGGUGAAUCGACUGCCAGGAGGCAAUGGCCCAAGCAUAUUGUCUGAUGAGACUGUAGCAGCAAUCUGCUGUGCGCUGCAUGAGGUCACCAGCAAAAAUAUGGAAAACGCCAAAGCCCUCGCUGAUACCGGGGGGAUAGAAAAGCUGGUGAACAUAACGAAAGGAAGAGGUGACAGAUCUUCACUGAAGGUUGUCAAGGCAGCUGCUCAGGUACUCAACACGUUAUGGCAGUAUCGAGACCUUCGCAGCAUUUAUAAGAAGGAUGGAUGGAAUCAGAGUCACUUCAUUACACCGGUAUCGACGCUUGAACGUGAGAGAUUCAAAUCCCAUCCCUCGCUAUCAACAGCCAAUCAGCAGAUGUCACCGGUCAUGCAGUCAGUCGGCAGCACAUCUUCAUCACCGGCUUUAUUAGGAAUUAGAGAACCCCGCUCUGAAUACGAUAGAACUCAACCUCCUAUGCAGUAUUAUAACAACCACGGCGAUAUCAUUGCUCAUAAAGACAUCUACACUGGUUCUAGCAAAACAUCCCCAAUUUACAUCAGCUCCUAUUCCUCACCAGCGAGAGAACAGAACAGGCGGCUACAGCAUCAGCAACUGUACUACAGUCAAGAAGAUACCAACAGGAAAAACUGCGACGCGUACAGGUUGUACCUGCAGUCCCCACACAGCUAUGAAGACCCGUACUUUGACGAUCGAGUUCACUUUCCUGCUACUUCAGACUACACAACACAGUAUGGACUGAAAUCAACCACAAAUUAUGUAGACUUUUACUCCACCAGACGAUCUUCUUAUAGAGCAGAACAGUACCCGGGUUCACCCGACUCCUGGGUGUAGCAUCAAAGGAAAAAAAACCAACAGUGUAUUUCUCAUCGUGCUUGAGAAGAAGUGGAAUGGCCUCAUUUGAUGUCUCGGUUAUGAAAUCUGAAGGUGAAAUAAAAGAGGAAACGAGGAAGUCUUUUGGUUUGGGUUUUGAAGGGCAUUUGGCUUUGGUUUGGGUUUUUUUGUUUUAGUUUUUGCUGGGGGUGUUUUUGGGUGAGGAACCGUCAGAGAGAAAAUCUGGAAGGGAUGCUUCUUUGCUCUGUUUAGAUGUUAGGUAUUAUUACUUGUAGCUUCUGUAGUCUGGUGAGGGUGUGGGCGAUGUGAUGAAAGGUUUGAGAAUUGAGUAAAAUGAAUUUGGAAAGUGCGUAGGUCAGAGCAAAUUAAACCUGUUUUUUAUGUGAAUAAAAGUCUUGUUCUGAUAGUUUGUACAGAAAAAAAUAAAAUGGAUGCCCUUGUUUUAUUGAUAUUACUAAAUGUCAAGAUUGUAUGCUAUUAUGUCGUGUAAAUUUCUUUCAUUGGUGUAAAUAUGGAAAUGCCACAUUGGUUUAAAGUGCCAUCCAUUUGUAAUGCAGUGUGUCAUUUUGAAAGAGAUUUGAAACAUCGUACACACAAAAAAAAUCCAAGAAAAUGUUAUAAAUUAAAAAAAAUACAACUAAUAGCAUAAUUUUGAAGCACAAAGUCCAGUUCAGCAUACCUGCGCCUCUCCCAUUCCCAUUCCCAUUCCCAUUCUCUCUGCAUAUUUCAUACAAAAACAAACAAAAAACUUCACUGCCAUUUUCUAUGCACAUGGAAGAACAAUAAAUAUGAAAGUCUCAUCCGUGGAAAGCUGGUCCCUGUUCUUUUUUUCUGAAUUAUUUUUGGCGUGUGGAAUUUCAGGAACAAAUACUGUGAAUGCGAGGUGCAACUGCUUUUUUUUAAUCAGGUUAAAUGCAUCAGAAUCGCUUUGGCCACUGUCCCAGCAUUCCACAGUGCAUGUGUUCCAGAGGUGCCAGCAUGAACCACCAAGGCAUGAAGUUAUUCCUACUCACCCUUUAUUCCCCAAUUACUUUGGCUACAGGCAAUUGGGGUAUGUUGGAACUUCAUCCUGUUCUUCCCAGCACUCCUCCCCUUGUUCCCCCCAGUAAAAUUUCCAUCUUCUUGCUUUCAGAGAGUACAGUCUGUAGUUUGCACUUCCCUUGGAUUUAUUUACAGUCCACAUGAUUGAUGAUGUUAGUAACCAUGGACUUUCCUCACGCUGUACAGUCUGUUGACUUUGUACUGUUCUUAGUUUUUUCUUUCCCAUCCUAGCAAAUUUCUUCAGUUUUCAGUGUCUGCAAAUGCCCCCGUAGUGUUGGUGCAGUGAUGACAGGUAAAGGUAAGCAGAACUGCUCCAAUUAAAUUCACCUCUCCUUACUUGGUUGGGGGGUACUUCUGUCCCCUGGCUGUACGAGGGGAAAGAAACAAAGGGGUGAACAGCCCAGUAGAGGAAACAAGUUGGGUUUUAACCUCUGUUACAGAGCCAACUCCCCACUGACUGCAGCGUGAUGUUACCGAGGGACAGCACUGUGCAGGUGGAGCCUUUUCUUUCCUGGACUUCGGUUUUCUCCUUUUAAGGUAGGAAAGAGUUUCCAUUUAAUUCAGUUUGAGUUUGUUUCUGGUAAGAACAGUUUGGUCACUGACAGUUCAGUGACAGUUCUCACUGCCUUCAGAGUCGUGUACAAGGUUUGCUUCAAGGAUGAAUGCAGAUCAAUGUUGAUCAUUUGGUACACCCACAACUGUACUGAGCCAGAUGUAUUUCUUUGGUACUGCAUUGUCCCACGGUGCUUUAAAUUAGUGCUGGAUAAUGACAGGAUCACAGUCUGCUCUGAUUUCCUUGGAAUCUGCUGACAUCUUUGAAUCAUUCUUACCUCUCAGCUGAGACUUUAAUCAGGAUCAAAAGCAGCAAGGUGUGGGCGGGCAGCCAACUGGGAUCUCCUGUGAUGUGGCAGAUCUAUUUUGUUAUGGUCAUUUUCUUUGGCUUUUAAUGGCCCCAUCAUCCGUGUAUUUCCACACUUUGUCUUGGUACUGCAUGAUUACAGUCAUCUCCACGGUAUGCUUGUUGCUUAAUUUCCCUUUAUGUAUGGUUUCAAACCAAAUGCAUGAAAGCAGGGAAAAUCAGGGCACAAUGUAAUUUCUUUGCUCACCUUCAGGAUGCAGGCUGGUGCUUGGGCCAGCCAAAGGGCUGGGAGUGUAAACGGAAGGCAGGGGCUUUUCAAAUGCACUGUAUUCAUUGAGUUACAUUCAGAUUGAUAUUCUGGUGAGAAAAAUAAAAGUUAACUACUCAAGACACCAAUGUCCUUAGGACAGGGUGAUGUUAAUUUGGAAGUUAAAAAGCUAAACACUAGUAGUACCCUGGGAAAUGUUCUUUAUUUCCAUCUUUCUAAUAAUUAAAUUGUAAAUGUGAUGAAAGAAGUACUAAACCUUAUCAAAAUCGGAGAGUUAAAUAGCUUACAAUUAGAAGAGCUUGAGCUGUUGAGUCGUGCAGUACAGCAGCACUGUGCUAGUCCUUUCCCUACGGACUGCAGAGGGCAACUGAGAGCAGCACUGACCUCAGUGAAGCAAUUAUGCUGACUAAAUGCUGAACGAUGGGAAAGAAGGGCUGAAGUUAACAUGUCCACGAUUCCUUCUCCUGAGGAGGAAGCGCCUGCUAUGAACAAGUCAGGGAAUGUCAGCCAUCCCUGCACGCUCGUGGCUCUCGGCUGUCAGCCCCAGACUGGUGCCCUGGCUGCUGUGCAGCUGCUCUGCUCACUGGCAAUGCGGGUUGGCCAGCAGCUCGCACCGCCUUCUGAAAUUUCUCCUGUGCAUCAAAGACAGAUGAGUGUUUUGGCAACAUCCCAGGAGAAGCACUGAGCGACUCGGAUGGGCGCAGAAGCUGCAGGAUGUGUGCCGCAGCACCAAGAAAGAACCAUGCCCAGGGCUGCAGUGAGACAGCCUGGCUGCGCGGCGGUGGGGAGGAUGUGAGAGCUGCCGAGAGAGACAGAGCCUGAAUGGGCCGAGCACAAAGUUACAGGCGCUCACAGGAGGGCCGUGCGGCUGAGCCUGCGAGCAGCAAUCCUGUUGCCAUGAAAAAUACAUUGGCUACAAAAGUUAAUUUCUAGUGGGCUUUUAUUUGGAAAGCGUACAAAGCCUCUUCCUUACCCUGCUGCAGGGACUGUGGCACUGUUCUGUACAGUUCUCAUAGCCAGCAGUUUUCUCGUCUGCUGGCUUAUCCAGUUACUUCCUGAUUAAAGCAUCCCAACUGUUUCACUUUGUGAAAAUAUUGAUGACAGCUUUGCAAAACAAUACAGGAAAAGUUACAGGAAAAAAAAGUGUUUGAAAUCAUCCUUUUUAGCAGUUGUUCUCUCUUUUUUCUUUUUUUUUCUUAAUAUCUUGGCCUUUAAUUGAGGCUGAGGACAUUUUACACUGUAUACCUAAGUGUGCUUUUCUACCUCGCAGCGUCGAUAUUCUGCUCAGCUUACUCCAUACUGAUUUCCCAUAUCACUGCAAUAUAAUACUGGCAUUUGCUUGUGUUCCCAUGUUGGCAACCUGUGUGCAGUUGUGAUUUUGUGAUGGCUUGUGAUGUUAUCCUCAGAGCACGUUCUCUGGGCAGAACAGUGUGCACCACUAGCAGGUGAUGAGUUAUUUGCAACCUCCCCAGCGCCAUCGCUGCAGGACAGAAUGAAAUCUUCCUUACAAGAGAAUGACUUUGUGCUUCAAUUAGCUCAAAUAUUUAUAGCAGUCAGUCUGCUGCGAUGUGUAUCUCUGUCAUCAUCAUUAGCAUGUAAUGAAUGUCGUCUUAGGAUCUUGCAGCAGCAUCUUUUGGCCCUACAGUUCCUGUUAUCACAGGAGAGUGUUUGGGUUUCUGAGUGAAUUCGGCUGGGUUUAUUGUGUGAAUUUCACAACUCAUCCAGACCCAACCAUGUUUCUGCAUUAGAAUGCCCAGUGUGCAUUUAAAAGAAAUUGAUGCUUCAGUGAAUGAAAGGACUCAAGUCUUUUGCUUCGCUGAGUCAAAUGACUCCAAUGGAGUUUGCACAAUUGGAGAUUAGAGACUUCAAGUAAGAAGUUAUAUUCCUGUGUGAUGCUGUCUGCAAUAUGAGCUUUGCCAAUUUCAGCUGAUGGGCAUGGAAAUGUUUUUUUUCCUAAAUUAAGUCUAUGUCCUCAUCUCUGACGUGAUACAUUUAUGGAUUUUUUUUCAUGAGUUCUUCACAAAAAAAAAGGCCUGCUCAGAAGAUCUUACCUCCAGCCAUAAAGGACGCAAAAAGCUCGAGCCUUAGUAUAUAUUAAGUCCUGGGGGGAGUUGUCAUCGGGUUUGGAACACGACGACCUUAAAGGUCCCUGCCAACCCAAACCUAUGUUUAUGAUUACUUGGAUUUUUUAUGGUAUUUUAAUUAACAGUAGAGUUGGCAAUUAUAUCAUAAUUAGACUUGCUUGUGUAAUCAUCCGAGCUGUGCUACUUCCAUAAAACCUAAUCAGGUGUGUCUAAGACUGGAACACAGUAGAGGUCUUUCAGAUCACCUCACUGCAGGCACUCGCUGCUGACUGCUGCGGGGCACCCUAAAUACUGGUACCUGUCAUCUCAAUACCAAUUAUUUCUGAUGGUAAAAGUCUCCUUCAUGUGGAUUACAUGAAAAAUACAAGCAGCAGGGUAUUUGGUGAGGUGAUUUCCAGCUGGUUCCUUAAGGCAUUUGUGAGUGCAUUUCUCCUGACUGGGAGAGUGAAAUGAAUGAUCUCCCUGUGCACCAAGUAAUCAUGCACUAUGAGAAGAGAUUGAUCUCCUUUAGGACUAAAUGCAAAAAUGUGUGGCUCACAUAGAUGGCUCAUAAUCAAGUCACAGUUCAUUCAUCGUGUCCUAAAUAAAUCAGGCAAUCAAGUCAAUCCAGAAUCAGCUGGUGCACCACCAGAAUGGGUACAGAUGCAGGAAACUGAGAUCAUCGUAUCCCAUGAAAUGCUGACUGUUGAGAAUUUUCCCUCUGCCCAAAAAUCAUUUGUCAUAUGUGAGUGCUUAACAUGGGAACAAAAUACAUAAUCCUGCACUUCUAUUUAUACAGAUCCUAUUUAAAGCUGUCAUUCAUCCAGAGAGGUUGAAGAGGAUUUAUCUAAUUCUAAAUAUUGCGUACGAUUAUUAUCUCAAACAGUGAAACAGGAAAAAGGCCGUUCAUCAACUGCCAAGAAGCCAUUCAGCUUGGAUCUGCCCACCUUGCUGAUGUUGUUAAACGUUCCCACCUCAGGAGCGAAGAAAGAACAUUUUAAAAACUUUUGGCUAUGUUAACCUGUAGCAGCCUCUUCUCACACAGGACUGUAAGAGCUGGAAAGGAAAUUCUGCUGCAGUCCAACUGCAACGUCUGUCCUGCUUGGCUGUUUACCAGUUAUGCACUUUGACAAUUAAAUUUGUAAAGAAUGCAAAGCAAAACCACUCUCAGCUGUUCUUUACUAAACUUUUCCCUUGAAACAAGGAAACUUCUGAGAGUAUUUGAAUGAGACUGAAAAUGCCCCACAUCUGAAAACGUGCUUGAAGCAAAGCCUACCAACUCAACUAACCGCACAGAACAGAACAUGGCACUGAAAACGUUAAAAGUCUCCAUGUAUUUUUUUGCAGACUUGGCUGCCAUGCAUUUCUCUUUGCUACAGUGACUACCUGCUAAAGCUAACUGGUUUUAAGCCAGUGCACAAGAUAUGCUGGCAGCUAACAAAUCUGACCGUCAGUCGGUUUGGUGCCAUAGCUCAGAAGCUCUUUUGCAAGGAGCACUGACCGGCCAUCGGGGCAGACAGACUGAGAUGCAGUUCUCCUCAAGCAACAGGCAUGAAAACGCCUGAGUGAUGAACAGGGGUCUAGGCAGCAUAGUUUGGAAAGUCCGUGCUGUGAGAAGGUUCGAAGGGCUGUGAAAGCUGUUUGCAGCUUGCCCGCCCUGCUGGUCCCGUGCGUGCUAAAAUCCUCCACUUCGCGACCGCCAUCUAGAGCCGGCCUGUCUGCACACCGUUACUUUCCUAACGUCGAAACGCUUUUGCUUCCCCGUGAAGUUAGAACAGAAAAAUCACUUCCUGCACUUCGCAAGCAACGUGUAAACAGGAUCCCAAGGAAGAAGUCCUUUCCCAAGACUUGUGUAGCUGCCACCCGCCCUUACGCACAGCCUCCAUCCGAGCCGCGCUGCGCCUCUGCGCCGCUCCUCCGCUGGGUGUUACGCCCCCUGGUGGCCACUCGCUCUAACUGCAGAAAGCUGCGCCCGUCAGAGGAGCGGGCAGCGAGGCGAGUGACGGCGGCGGGCAGCUCCGAGCAGGCGUGGAAAACCAGGCACACAAAAAUUGUUUUACUUUCCUCUGCUACCCUCCAUUAAGGUCUGCUUUUAGGGAUAAUGGCCCGGAGCCGUGAUCAACAAAAUGAUUUUUUCUUCUGUGUUUGAUUUUGCAGUCUCUAAACCAGCUAAUUUUUGUGGCACAGAGCAGAACAUGUUUGCAGCACACAAAAAAAUCUCUUUGACACCCAGAUUUAUGGCUUCAGGGAUUGCACACAACCAGUAGUGACGAGGUCUCAUCACAACACAUGCAGAUUUUGCUCUCUGACUCAGGCAGAGGCCACACCGACAUGAUUCAAGGAACCAUCAGCAAUACUUCUGUAACUGGAUUUUUAAGCCACGGAAUAUUGCAACACAAAAAACCAGUGAGGGCUGUUUGUACUCUAAUAUUGCUGUGUAUUCUCCCUCGGCACCGUGCGUGCGUUGAGCCCACAGGGUGGAGCAGGAAUUGCCUUCUGCUCUCCCUGCCCAUCAUCCCACACAAAGCUGAGCGGCCUUAAGGCCCCGUUGUCCUACAAAAUACUAUCAGUGCUGACAGAUUCAAGACGAUGCCAAAACAUAAGACCUUCAUCCAUAACAACGUUUGCACCACUUAUUAUUAUUAUUAUUACUAUUAUUAGAAAAUAAUUCCUUAACGGAUUUUUUAAAAAAUAUAUAUUUAAAUACUGAAAACGAAAGUGUGAAUGAAUGUACCAAACAGUUACAGACUGGGUACAUCCACUUCCAGUUCAGUGCUCCAUUCUAAGGUUAUAUUCACACAUUCACCGUGAGCGAUGCUACUUUUGCACAGGCCAUCGAUACGGAUGAUGCUAAUUCUACAAAGUGUAAAACAGGAUUAAGGACUGUAACUCUGGGAUUAUAAACAUCACAGAAAAGACUCGGAAAAUCUUACCGACAAGGCGGUUAUUCAGUACCGAUCACGUCAAAAACCCCGUGUGGAGUAGGAAAGCCGUUACGGAGUUCUGCCUUUGAAGGCAGCUCCGUUCCGUUCCCGCAGUCUCUCCCCCGAGGCGCCGCACUGCGAGCUGCCAACGGACGGAGCGCCGUGCUGCGCUAACACCACGACGAAGCGCCGGGCUCUUCUUUAAGAAGAGAAGUUACAAUUAACUACGUGCGUUACGUAAAGUGACACGUGAGAAACCAGCUUGUGCCACCCGCGACGGGAACUCCUCGCACGGAGCCACACCACACCGAGCAUCUCGGGCGGUUCGAGAAACGAGGCGUGCUCGCCGUUCGCUGCUGCGUUGGAGGCGAUGUUUGGCUGUGCAACUUUAUCACUGAUUGGUUCUUUCUUCCCUGAACGCGCUCCAUAAUUACCGCAGCGCAGCCGCCCCGCCCGGCCUCCCCGAGCCCGGCGAUGGCUCGCAGGACGCUCCGAGAGCCGCUCGCGGUGCCGGGCGGCCGCGCUCCCCCAGUCAGAGCUGGAGGUGUGAGAGUGUCUAAAAAGCAAGAAGCCAUACCUGCUGGGAGAAACGCUGGGCCCAAGGGAAGGGACAAGACAAGUGUUGUCAGUAUUUCAAAAAUCCAUCACAUGGAUGUCAUGCUGCGCAAAAUAAGCCACAAUAUCCCUGCAGCAGCGUUACAAGUUGCUCACCAAAAGCCACUGCCUGCCUUGGAGAAGUUCAUGCUGCCUAAAAGAAUUUAUAUUAUUCAACAGCCACGGAAAUGUUAAGACACGCCUUUAAGAAAACAAAAAAACCAAAAAGCCCACCACGUUCACUUGGAAGCAAAUUUCUAUUCUAAAUAGCGUGUAGCAUACUGGUAAAAGGAUCAAAAGCUUGGCUGCCUUGUUAUCCCACUGCAUUUCUGUUGGUGACAAUAAAAUACUUUCUAAAGAGAGUUACUGGGGUUGUAUUGAAAUGUCAUGACUCUGUCUAAUCUCAUUUUGCUGGUGUUUGGUUGUUGCUCGGUGCUGAGAAGUCCAGCAGCCUCACCUGCCCUGGGAGUUUUCACUGAAAACUGCCCACCCUCUUUUCAGUACUAUUUCCUGUUUUGUUUUUUUUAAUGUACUGAUAGCAAAGCUGAAUGUGAUCCUGAGCAAGGUCACAGCUGGAAGAUGUUCCCUGAUAGAGUUUACAACAACUGUAAAUGAUCUCAAAUGCUUCUUAAAAGCCAAACUGCCUGACGUGUUGACCUUGAUGUUUGUUUUGAUCUUUUUGCAAUUAUUUUUUUUUAUGAUUUAGGCUGAGGGGUUCCAUACUGAUUUUUGUUUCAAGUUCAAUCUUAGGAAACUUCAGAAGGAAGUAUCCUUGAACCUUGCCUGCUUAUACUGUCAGCAGAGACAAUAAAAUAGUCUGAGUCCUGCAGAGGAUAACUGCAGUCUGCUGCUGGUUGGUUGGUUGGGCAGCUCAGCCUUUUACUGCUCUGAAUUUAGCUCUGCUGGGAUCUUUUCUUUAAGGUAGCAAUUGCAGAUAAAUAUGCCACUAAAAUUACAGUAAAGCAGUCCAAAUAGACUUCCUCAGUAUAUAAAAUUAUGUUUAGGAUUACAUUAGUCUUGUCACUGAGACUUCUUUUGAUGGUGUGCUUUGUAUGUGACUGCAGCAGAAAUCGCUCCAUCGCAGAGGGAUCCCCGAUGGGCUGCCCAGCAUCAGCAGCACCACUUAAUGGGGAUGUCUGCUUACCUUACUUGUCCAUGAAAGGUAAAUAACUUUAUGUUGAUUAGAGAUUCAGUUGUGAUUGCAGUAGGCGGUGAUUAGAGUAGUUCUGUGCACUAAGUAAUGCAGCUGCAUCCUCAGCAAGUAGGACAAAUUCAGAUAUCGGUGCUCCUGUGUAGAAGGCUGUUUGUUCUCUCAUGGUCCUUCUGUGGCUGACUGGCUGUAAGAUAUUGCUGUUAGCCUGGACAGCAGCAGCAGUGCACUGUGUGGGUAUUUAAGCUGCAGAUAUAGGACUUGGAAAACAGGUAGUUCUGCCUUUCUGUCACACAGCUCGUUCUUCCGCCUCCCAGGCUGGUUGUAUGUGGAGAUGAACAUAAAAGGUUUGAGUUAGAGAAGUCCAGUGUGUGGAAUUAUCUGUGCUGUCGUGGCCAAGAGCAGCACAGAGGGCUCCAGCGUGUCGGCUGAUACGUGUCAGUUCCCAACGGAAUGGAUGCCAGCAUGUUCUUUAUUCUAAUCUUUAUUUUUUCUGAAGAAAAAGUAGUGGCUGGUGAAAAUACAUUGGGGUUCUACAGGCUGCUAUGGAGGUUUUCCUCUCAAGUAAUCACUUUCUGAAAACUUAUUCUGGCCAAGGAUUUCGUGACAAAUGAGAUCAUUUUAGGAAAAACAUUUUCUUCUCUUGGAUUACACCUGUCAGCCCCCGCAAGGUUAACUGGGCACCUUGUUGUUCUGGGUUGUGUUUAACAUAAGCCUGAGCGGAGAAUCCAUCCAAGCAUCUUCUCCUACUGCCUUCCUGGGGUGGUGCAUAUCCUGGCACAUGCAGGAAUCUGGGGGAAGAUAUACCCUGUUCAGAGGAGCUAUUCAAAUAGCUUGGGAACAGAGAUCUGGGAUCCCUGGUUCUGUCCUGCACCCUUAGGGUGGAUGGAAACAUCACAGUCCUAGCUGUGUGCAGACCAUGCAGCAGAAUUCCAGUCUGGUAUUGCAGUGCUUCAUUGCUGCAGUUGUGUAAACACCUGUGUUGUGAUGCAGCAUUAACUGUCACUGCUGUGACCGUCAGUAAACAUAAAGGAUCUGACUGCACUUCUAUUUGUUCCACGUUGGAUUUUUUCAGCCUGUUUUCCAAUGAACAUUAUCUAAACAGUUUAAAAUAUUAUGUUCCAGAUUAAAAUGGUGUGCUCAAUGUUAAAGAUAGCUGUAGGAAGUGAAUUGAUUGACAUAGAUCCAAAUUUCCAGGUAGAAGAAGGUAUUAACAAGAAACCAGAAGGCCUAACUUUGAUAAGCUCAGAUUAUUAGUUGUACUAAAUGUAGGGCAGGUGCAAGCUGCUCUUGUUGUCUGCAAGCUGACAACUGAUGUACCUCGCUCCUGCUCUGCCAGCAAUGUCCCCCGUGCCUUUACUACAGGUAGCCUUUCGUGUUUGUUUUCUGGCUUUGCAGCAAACCUGAAAGUAUAUAGAGAAUAAACUCUUCUGCUUACGUGCUGUAUGAUUAAGAACACCCCCUUUUCAGCUGAGUCGGUCUUUUACUUUACUGUUGUAUUUUUACAAGUGCAUUGUCAGGUACAUUGUUUUUUUUCUUAAGUUAUUUCCAUUUAUUAAGGUGUUUUAGGAGAAUUCUUAAUAAGAAACAAACACCUUAAAAAUAUGUAUUUCAAACUUUUAAUAGGUUUAACUUAGUUUUCCAUCCUGCUACAAUUAAUCAGCUUUGCCUUCUGUUUAGGUAGUUUUAUUUAGAUCUAGUCUUGAUACAUUAUUUUGCCAUGAUUAUUUUAGCAUCAACUACAGCUAAAUCCAGAGUAUAAGCAACAGAUGAAGUUGGUUUGCUGGAAGUGAUGAAACCUUGCAAGAAGCCUGUUUUCUUCAAAAUUAUUGCAAAUGAUGCAGGCACUUGACAAGAAUGGCAUGGUUUCAGGAAACACGUUCCUCUGUUGAGCUUCUUGAUGAAAACAGUGUGGGUUCAUAUGCUGUUAUGUUUUGCCUGUAGACUUCAAAAUGGCCUAGAGAUGGGAGUGGCUGAAGCCAAGUGGCAAUGGAAACCACAGAAUUCUAUAAUUGCUGGUUGGUUUUAAGGUCUUCAAAACAUUCUUAAAUUUGAUAGUGUCAUGCAUUCUGUUUGAAGGCUUAAAUAAAGCGUGUUUCCCUGGAUAGGGAUGAAUUUC